CGGGAGCGGGUGCACGGAGACGCGGGGACGCGGGGACGCGCGUAGUGAUUUCCGCGCUGGCAUGACGACUGUCGCGCUGGGCGCGAGCGCGGGAUUACUUACACAACAGCACGGGAUGACGUUUAAGAAGAAUUAAAAUCAGUGGAGUUUGUGUGCAGAUAUUUCUUUUCCUUGCAUAGUUAGAGCUCGUGCACUUUGAAAGAUGGACCGCAAAGUCAGCAUCAGACGCGCCACGUCGGCCGGUUACCGCUUACCGGAGCGCCCCAGCGUCGCCCUGGCCUCUCAGUCCUCGGUGUCCGUGAAGAGACCUCCGCAGAGCGGGCCGAGGAGCACGAGCGAGCCGCCGCCGGAGCGGGACCCCGACAGCCGGGACCCGGUGAAGCAGGACCGGGUUUGGAGAGAGCUGGUGCGCGCGGAGAGACACGGGGUUAAAGAAUGGGAGAAGAACUGGAGUUUUCUGAAAGACUUUGAUCAGCUGGGUCAUCGCAGGACAGAGGCGCCGCUCCCCAGCUACGCCUCUCUGUACUCCGACACGCUCCCCAACACCAGCAACCAGACGUUCGGUGGUCGCAUUUGCACCGAACUCGGUAAAGAGCUGAUACGAAUGGACAAGCUGCUAAUGCUAACAGCGACGCACCAAAAGACCAAACCGAGUCCCGAAAUGCAGCCCUGCUGACGACAGAUCUCGAUCCGCCCAUGAGGUCUGAGCAAAUGCACAGUUAGACAUGGUUUUUUUAAUGAAGUUAUCAACAAAACAAGCUUAAUUGUUUUUUUUUACAGCCGUUAGUAAAACCACUGUGUUGGCGAAAAAGAUUUUCAACUUCUCAUCUGCUCAUUAUUACUGAUAUUUUUACAACAAUAUGGCUGAGCAAUGCAUUAACAGUGGUGUAAAAGUGCUAGCUAUGCUAGCUUGUUUGGCCACAUCCAAAUCCACACUAGAUAGUGUCUAUAGCUACUCUUAGCAUCCUUAUAGCAUUCUCCAUAAACCAUCUCUGAAAGCGUUUCUUUUCUGCUACACUGCUUAAGGAAGGACCAUUUAUAGCUGCUAUAACAUCCAAGUAAUAACAGGAACUAACUUGCAUUGCUGACAUUCCACAACAUUAAAUGUAACGAUAAACGGAUAAAAAUGAUGCUGCAUUGUUCUUUAAUAUAUAAAUACUUAAUCCUUGGUAAAUUGCUGUUGAAUAAGAGGAAUAAACCAUGUGCUGUUAUAGAAAUGCUAACAAUAACUCUGCGUCUUCACAGCACGUUGUCGUUGAUUAUUUUCCUUUUCUUAGCUAACAGUUCUCAGUAGUGGAUUUUUUGGAUCCGACUAUAUCCUUUUUUCCAGCAUAUAUAAUGUGUUUACAGGGUGUUUUUCAGGAUAGUUAGAAUAAUAGUGUAGAAAUAUAUGGCUAAUUUGCUAUUAUGAGGUUAGUCAAAGAGCUGUAAUCUGAAAUCUAGAUAAUUUUUUAUACCACUAUAUAGUGUUUUUUUUUUUUUUACAUUUAUAUUAGUCAUUUAGCAAACCAAACAUAAAGUUGAGCAUGUUUUGCUUAAAGGUCUAACAAUUGCUGUUUGAGAGAUUUGGGAUUUAAACUCACAACCUCCUGGUCACAUUAACUGCUGAGCCAGCUGUCUGCAUUUGUACUUUUUCACAUUCUAGUUUUAAAAAUGUUUUCUAGACUACCAACAGCUCCUCCUCUUCCAUGGGUUAUGCGAUAGCUAAGCAGUUAUGAGAGCUAUAUAUAUAUAUGUUUCAAUUUUGUUUACUAGUAUUUAUACUGGAUUUAUGACUUUAAAGUACAUUUUUUGUCAGGUUUAUUGUAACCAGGUCUUGCAGAUUGGCUCCUGUGCCAAGUUCUUUCACAUGCAGCAGACACAGUGCUAUCGUUUUGUUCGCUGUAAACGUGUUUCCACUGAGGCUCCUGAACCUUUUUUGGGAGUGUAAAAGCAGCAGGACUCCACAGUUCCUGGGCGAGGUACCGUUCUGUGUUCCACGUUCCAGGAACCAUGACUGAUAUUUUUUUUCAAUACAUAUAACAGGAAUCAGUAAUGAUGCAAUUACAUCAAAUCACAAAGUAUAAGCUUAAUGCAAAAAUAGCUUUACAGCAAUAUAUUCAUCAUUAAUGGAUCAUGUAACGUAGCUAAAGCUAACAUGACAGAUGCCUGAAGCCUACCCGAGUCAGCUCAGUCGCAAAUCACACUACAAAUUCAGUCAUAAAACAAACCCUUCUGAACUUCACAUGACCUAAUAAUGUUAAUGAUAAAAUUAGCUAGGAGCUGGGGUUGAGUGAGAGAAGAGUUGUCGUGUUGUUGUGUGAAAGUUGCAGCUACGGAAAAAGGCUCGUCUCAAUCUGUAGCGCCAUCUAGGCUGUAUAUUUAUGGAUUCCCACUAGAAGUAAAACAUGCUUGGACAACAUUAUUGACUUGCCUGUUUAUAAGUUGUGGCAGAAAUGUGGGGUUGAUCAUUCUGUAAAGCUUCGGUACAGUAGGCUCCGCCCCCUUUAAUGCCUAGUACACCGAAAAGAUCCCAGCUCUGGAGCAGGAACUAAAGUCGCCCUUGCAACUAAAAUUCCUGCAGUGGAAACACAACUAAAGUUCCUGAAAAUAUUCCUGAAGUGGAAAAUGUUGUAAUGAUGAGCAGUAAGACAUGUAUAUAUCAUGUUCUUAUGUCAUUUUGGAAUAUCACAUACACAUUUGUUUACUUUUAUUUUAUUUUUGUUGCUUAUUAAGUUGUUAUAUUGGAUUAACUUCAGUAUUUUGUUUGUAUGUUACUGUGUACAAUAGAACCUGACACAGCCACAGCGACGUUGACAAAAAUCUGAAAAAAUCUUAUUUGUCCUUUUUUCCCCACUUUAUCACUGACAUAGCUAACAGGUUGAACCUUGUUGUUUUUUGUUCUUGGCUCCUCCGAAUGUUGUUGAGCGUGUGGGAGUUCAUAUCAGCGGCGUGUCGAGGCUUUCAGAGAGAAAGAGAACGUGGGCGACGGAGGGAGCGUCUGCCAUGUUCGUGUCUAAUGUCUUCCAGUAAAAUGGCUCUGACGCCUGCUCUGAUUUUGCUUUGACUCAUCGCCGACUGACUCACGCCUCCGUGGAAAGCAGGUGCACCGAGGAAUAAUCAGAAUAUGAUGACACCCACGCUCACAUCUGUUUUUUCUAGUCUGUAAUCCAAGACAAUUAUCAAAAAUACAGAGCAGUUUCUGUAAAAUAUGGAUGGAGGUACUUUUUCAUUCUCUGCCAAAUCUCAAUAAAGGAUCUCACUAAAGUGUUUUGUGCCAUUA